AUGGGGGCGGCAGAAGGAAAAGUAGGCGUUGAGGGGGGGCGUCAAGAGGAGGAACAACAGCAGCAGCAAGAGCAGCAACAAGAGCAGCAGCAAGAGCAGCAAAAGGAAGAAGAGAGUGAGCAAUCUCAAGAAGAAGAAUCUGAAGGAGAAGACGACGAUCCUGGUGGUGGAGCAGCAGACGCAGCAGCAGCAGUAGAAGCAGCAGCAGCCGAUGCAGCAGCAGCAACAGAAGCUAAAGCAGCAGACGCGGCUGCAUCAACAGAAGCAGCAGCAGCAGACGCAGCAGCAGCAGCAGACUCAGCAGCAGCAACAGAAGCAGCAGCAGAAGACGCAAAGGAAGAAAUAGAAGAAGAAGCAGCAGAAGGUGCAGAAGAACCGGAAACAGCAGCAGCAGCAGCAGCAGCAGCAGCAGAUGGCAAAACUACACCAUCAGCAGCAGGGAAUUCAGAGGCAGCAGCAGCAGCAGCAGCAGAAGUAUCACCAGUAAAAACAGCAAAAAAGCGUGCAGCAGCAACAGCAGCAGCAACAAGAUCUAAGCAGCGGGGAAAGAAGCAAAGGGGGCCCCCUGCCCUCCGUCAAGGAAUUCCUCCUCCUCCUCCUCCUCCUCCUUUUGCUGCUCCUUUUCCCCCUCCUCCUCCCCCUCAUCCUGCAGCAGCAGCAGCUGCUAUGGCAGCAGCAGCAGCAGCAGCAGCAGGAGGUCGUGGUGUAUUGCCUCCUCCUCCUCCUCAUAUUGCAGCAGCAGCAGCUGCAGCAGCAGCAGCAACAACAAUUGCUGUUGCAGCAGGGCAGCAACCACCCCCUCCUUUUGCUGCUGGUCUUCCUCCUCCCCCACCACCCCACACAUUUGCUGCUGCAGCACCACGUCACCGCCACUACCACCACCAGCAGCAGCAGCAGCUGCAGCAGCAGCAGCAGCAGCAGCAGCAGCAGCAGCAGCAGAUGGACCCUUUACGUGAAUUAGCCUACUUUACGUUACUUAAGGAGCGCCUAGAGCAAGGGGAGCAGGGUGUAGCAGCAGCAGAGGCUGCUGCUGCUGCUGCAGCAGCAGCAGCAGCAGGAAAUACAGCAGCAAAUGAGGAGACACAGAUGCUGCAACAAUUACAAUCCGUAAAAGAAUACGAAGAAUGUAAAACCCUUGUGUCCUGUAUAUUAUCUCGUGCUGCUGUGUCUCCUCGUGUUGCUGCUGCUGCUGCACUACGUCUUGCUAUAUUAGGGUCUAGGGAAUUCCAGCAGCAGCAGCAGCAGCAGCAGCAACACCAACAAAUACAAAAAGCAUCCAAGACACCUACCUCUGUUACUGCACAUACAGAUAUACCUUUCUUAGAGUAUCAAUUCGAUGACAGGUUUAACGAUUUUCGUCAGCGCAUGCGUUUAGCGCUAAACCCUUUGCUGCAGCAAGUGCAGCACAGUUACCAGCACCGUCAUUUGCUGCAGCGCCAGCAGCAGCAGCAGCAGCAGCAGCAGCAGGAGAAUAUAUUAUGUGCAGAAAUAUUAACAGAUAUAUUAGGUGCAUGCGCUCUGUCUCAUGUAGUGAUAUUUUCUCGUAUGGGUAUUCCUUUACGUGGUGAUUGUACAAAGCAAAGAUUAGAUACAACUGCUCGUGAUUGGUCAAGGCCUCCUCCUCCUAAAAAGCCUAUACCUAUUAGUCAAUGCUAG